AAUUAUGGAAACAGAGAGAUAAAAAGAUUAAAAUAAAAAAGAUGGAAAAAGAAGUCAAGCUUUAUCUUCAUAUCCCAAACUUUCUUCCAACCUCAAAUUCCAACAAAUCUCUCUGAUAUUUCUUUGUUAUGAUCUCUCUUUCACUGGAUUUUUUUAUUUCCAUUAUCUUUAAUGGGUUUUUUUUACUGAUCGUAAAAAAUCCAACGUAUAAAUAAUCCGGCUGUCUUCGUUGACGAGCUUUCUCUUUCCAUAAUUAGCUUUUUCCUUCGCCUUUCUCAAAUUCAGAGCUUUCUUCCCCAGAUCUUUCUUAUUUAUCCUUAUCUUAUUUUCUUUCUUUUUUCAUAAGAGAAAUUCCAACGCUUGUUAUGAUUCUGGUUUGAGCGAUUUUCAAAGAGGAAGAAGAAUUAUAAUAAUAAAAAGAUGAUGAUGAUGACAAUGGAGGGUAUGAUGGAUCGAACGGUAUUGGAUGAUAUAUUAAGGAGGCUAUUAGAAGGAAAAGGAGGCAAACAGGUUCAGCUCUCCGAGGGAGAGAUCCGUCAACUCUGCGUCAACGCUCGCCAAGUGUUCCUCUCUCAACCCAAUCUCCUUGAGCUCCAUGCUCCUAUUCGAAUCUGCGGUGAUAUACAUGGACAAUACCUGGAUUUACUGAGGUUAUUUGAAUAUGGCGGAUACCCUCCUGCUGCAAACUAUCUCUUUCUUGGGGACUACGUGGAUCGAGGCAAACAAAGUCUAGAGACAAUAUGUUUGCUCUUGGCCUACAAGAUAAGAUAUCCUGACAAAAUUUUCCUCUUGAGAGGAAAUCAUGAAGAUGCAAAGAUUAAUCGCAUUUAUGGGUUCUAUGAUGAGUGUAAAAGGAGGUUUAAUGUCAGGCUUUGGAAAAUUUUUACCGAUUGCUUCAAUUGCUUGCCCGUGGCAGCACUCAUCGAUGAUAAGAUACUAUGCAUGCAUGGAGGGCUUUCUCCAGAUCUUAAUAAUGUGAACCAAAUAAGAGAAAUUCAAAGGCCUUCUGAAAUCCCAGAUUGUGGCCUUCUCUGUGAUCUUCUUUGGUCUGAUCCUGAUAGUACAAUUGAGGGCUGGGCAGACAGUGAUCGAGGUGUUUCGUGUACGUUUGGAGCUGACAGAGUUGCUGAUUUUUUAGAGAAGAAUGAUCUUGAUCUCAUUUGUAGAGGUCACCAGGUGGUAGAGGAUGGAUACGAGUUUUUCGCAAGAAGAAGAUUAGUCACAAUAUUUUCAGCUCCAAACUAUGGUGGGGAGUUUGAUAAUGCAGGUGCUCUACUGAGUGUAGAUAAAGGUCUAGUGUGUUCUUUCGAAAUAUUGAAACCAAUGAACCAUAAAGCAUCAUCCAGUAGCUCCAGUGCAUCUCGAAUAACUCUAAAAAAGCCCCCUAAAACUGGAAAGGUCUAACUAUGAAGAAGCUUCUUAUGUGGAGAAGUUCUAAUGGUGAUUUCCGUCAGUUCGGGUAGAAGAUUCAGCGAGCUCCAUUUCUAUGCUAUGAGUUCAAAUCGUGUGUGCAAGUGAUCUUGGAAGAAAAAAGCGUCCCUUCCUAAUGCACUGGCAUAAUCUAAACCAUCACGAGAUUAAAGCUUUGCCGAUGGCCGUUUUAGUUGCACCGAAAUUUUUUGUAAAACUUGUAAAUCUUUAUAUAUUUAUGUAGUUUUGCGUGUGCAGGAAAAAGGUUUCUGGUUUAGAUAUUUGCACCUUAAGCUUAAGGGUGGAAUUUGUGAGUAGAAGUCGAGAAAAGGCUUGCAUUAAUUUUGUUAUGUUUUGUGUGAAACCCAAGUUUCCCCUAUAGUGUUCUGUCGUCCCGGCAAUUGAUUUCACUGAUUUUGUUGAUAACUUAAUUAUAAAAUGACCAAUAACAGAUGACUUAAUAAUUGUGUUGGA